UUCAUUCGCGGCUGUUAUCGUACGGAUAAAGAUAUUCUUCUAAAUAGGAUUUCCCGGAUGUCAUUAUUAUUAACAUUUUGUGUAAACAGUUUGCGGGUAAUUCAUUGUUCACAGUACAAUAAAACACUGUCUAAACUAGGAACUAUAUUUUAGGAAUCCGACAGCCGCGGAAGUAGUUGUUGUAUGUAGCUGCGUGAGCAGGCUCUGAACGACGAGGAGUGUGGAGAGAGUGACGGGUGUUGAAACUUGUGAUCGGGCCGAUUACCGGGCUUGUUUUAACAAUAUUUUUUUCGGGACAUGUGGUGAUAUACCAAGACAACUAUGACGUCCAACGAACAAGUCAUAAAAACUGUCGCCAAGAAGCUAAAGUACUAUUUUGAUGUCAAGCGAUUGGAAGAUGGCUUUGACCUCUCAGGAUCACAGAAUCCAGUGUUGGAUCAUCCACCGAUGAAAGCUCGUCCCAUCCUCCAACAAUAUGGUGGCACGCACGACCGCCCACUCAAGCACUAUUUUAGUUCCACUGAUGUUCGUGUUAAUCUCACUCAGAUGCGGAGAAAGCCGGCCUCCUCGGGCCCCCACGAGAAGCACGUGAAGCAUCGCCUGAAGAAAUACAUGUCCAACUACAAUUACCAGCUGUCAGGCCCAGACUUACCCCCAGUCGUAGUGGAGAGACAGAAGAGAGCUAAGUCGUCCCGAAAGUUAAAAAAGUCUCAGAACUCCAACCUUCCCGAGUACUACUACAUCUACACAGGCAGCUCCAAAUCCCUGCGACCGGAUGCCACAGGUGUGCCUUCCAAGUCUCCCAAGAAGAAGCCUUUAAAGGGAGGCUGGCCCAUCCUCCGUACCGUGCCUUCCAAUGCUGUGUCUCGUGGUGAAGCAGAGAGACUCGUCAAUGCAGCUACCAAGCUUCUAGUAGCCACAGAGAGUGUGGAACAGAGUAACAACCCCAAAAAUGGCAAACAGACCGCACCACGUCCAUUUGAAGGCUCCCUGUUGGAUUACUAUCUGAGCACCCAGACACAGACCUCGUAUGAGGGGUUCCCGGGCGUGCCCACUAUUGAUGAGGAAGAAGCACGACUGUUGCUCCGAUCCCGCCACCAGCCCACCAAGACAGGUCAGCGACCAGCCACAGCUAAAUAUACGUGGGACAUCCAUGGCCGCCGAGUUCAACAGGAGGAACCCAAGGCUUACGAUGAUAGUUACCUGGGAAGAAGUUUGAGGCCCUCCUCCAGCCACCCGUCCCGCCGCCCCACCAGUAAACGUGUGUACCGCCGCCUCCACUCACCCACAACCUCCGACACCGUCUCCAGCCGAUCCUCCGUCACACAGACGACCUCCACCUCUGACAUGGAACGGUUGCCACCAGCAUCUCGCCGGCAGAGGAAGAAGUCCUCCAGCCAGCAGUCUGUGUCCUCCAGGAGGAGUGACCAGGAUCGGGACCGACCAGUGUCAAGCAAAUAUCGGACGCGCACCAUCAUCAAUGUGCCGGAGGUGAGGUUCCAGGAGGGAGUCAGUGUACAGGACACGACACAAACUACGGGGACACAGGACGAGAUUGGGAUACAGACAGAGAAACGGCUCAUUAAGGAAUAUGAUCAGCAGGAGGACGAAGUGAAACAGGGUCCCUGGGGUGAGUACCAGAUCUAUGUGAGGACUGGAAACACCAUCGGCGCCAGCACCAAGGCGGACAUCAAGCUGACACUGUACGGGGAACACGGGCGCACAAAGGAGAUGGUGCUGGGCAUGGGCGACUCCAAGAAACACAAGGUGGCCUUUCAGAAGAACAAGGAGGACCUGUUUAUGCUAGCAGCUCACCAUGUCGGCAGACUCGGAAAAAUCAAGAUCGGACAUGACAGAGUUGAACUUAGCAAUGCAUGGUUCCUGGACAGUGUGAGUGUAUAUGACAUGCAUGACAAGCGGAUAUACGAGUUCCCCUGCAACCAGUGGCUGUCUGAGCAUGACGGGGACCGCCGCACAUACCGAGUCCUGCCCGUGGACAGGGACCGAGGUUUUAUUGAUGCCUUAGACUCUCCAGGUGCCUCACACAAUAAAUCCCGAGACCGCCGCGAGACAUCGGAGGACGAGUCCGAUCAGAUUGUGGUCAAGCAUGGCCGGGAGAGUGUAAAGGCCCACAACAGCAAGGCCGGAGAUAAAUCUGACCGGUCCUACACGGGAUCCGAGUAUUCCAGUUCCGAGUAUGAGACGGACUCAGAUGCAGAUGAAACUGCUGUCAUUUCGCCGAAGGACAAAACAGACAAGGGAUCAAAGUCCAAAUCUAAAACAUAUAAGGAAGAGGACAGAUCCAAGUCUGGCCCGACCUUCACCUUUCGCACAAAGAAUGCAAAGACCCCAGCAACGAGACGUCAGACAGAGGAAGUGAAUGUGGAUGAGGACACCAAUACAACACAGGAGGAGUUCCUGGCUGGAUAUAAGGCCGGCAUCAGUGCGGCAUCAGCAGAGAGUCAGAAGCAGGCAGAGGAGGAGCGGGCGCAGGAGUUGGAGAUGAUGCAGGGGGAGACCGUGCAUGACGCUGCACGCAGGGGGCACCUCGACCGACUCAAGGAGCUGCUGCACCACUUCCCUGACUUGAAGGACGCUAAGGAUGAGACUGGAUGGACACCCCUUCAUCACGCCUCGGCGAACGCCCGCAUUGAUGUCAUCAAAUGGCUGACUACAAGUGGCGUGGACAUGAACGAGGAGACACGAACAGGAUACACACCGAUACACGUGGCAGCCAUGAACGGACAUGUCAAUGCGAUGAUGAUCCUGUCUGCAAUGGGUUCCGCCAUCACCUGCCGGACAACCGACCAGAUGACGCCGCUUCAUCUUGCAGCCAAAGGCGGCUAUCUGGAAUGUGUCAAAUGGCUUGUGGCCAACCGUGCACGUAUUGAUGCAGAAGACAGCUUCAAGAGGACGGCCAUCGACCUGGCGAAUGACAGAAGGAAGACUGAGGUAGUGGAGUUCUUGCGUGCGUGUCUGAGAGAGCUGAAGAACCCUCACAGCAGCUUCGCCCAGAUGCACUCCUCCAACCACGGAUCUGGUGAGAGGUCGGAUAGAGACAAUGACAGCAAUUGGAGAGAAGAAAAGCAGGACAGUAGUGUAUCCCAAGAUGCAGCAGCUGGGAGUGAUGACGAGUCCAGCGUCCCCAUCAAAAGAAUCAGCUCCCCAGAACUGAAGGAGAAGAAGCGCCUCUAUGAAGAACAGCAUCACAAAAUGGAGGAGCGAGGUCUGUCCUUUCUGGACAGCAUCCGCCAAGACCUCGAUUCCUAGGCCAGUCAUUCCUCGACAGCAUCUGCCACGAUUUUGACGCUCGGCCUGCCAGUCGGUACAAGCUGUAUAUAAUCACAUUAUUUUUGUAUCAAGAGCAAGAAGAUAAACUGAUAUUUUCUAACUUCUGGAAUGUUUUUUUCGGAUGAAAACAAAAUUGUGCCCUUCUUGUUAUAUUUGCUAUAACAGUUGUAGAUUUAUGAGUAACAAUGAGUAAUUACUUCAGCGUCAAAUGUAAGGGGAUUCAUUAUCAUUGUAGAAGUUUGAGAUUAUUGAAACUUGUCUUCCUAUUCAAUAUGACAUAAUAAUUUCUCUUGAUCAUUUUUUUAAGGAAUCUCCAUAUAAAUCUAAGCAUUUGUUUUACAGAAAAUAUUGUUUGUAUGUUAUAUAAAUGACAGCAAUGAGUAAACUUGGAGGUGUCUAUUCAUGUAUAGAAUUUUUUUUUAUAAACAGGAGUUUUUUUAUCAAUUUAAUGUACAGAAGUUUCAGUUAUCUAUAUCCAAGCCUGCCUUCAUUUCAGAUGUCCCGUACACCUGUACACAUCAAUCAGUCAGUCAUUGUUGAUGUCCAUUUCAUGUUCAUAUCAUACGAUGUCAUGCAUAUUUGAACAUCUUGUUUCCUAGCCUUGAUGUGUAAGCUGUGUUUCUAGCAUUGCUGUGGUGGAGACUGUGACCUACGUACAUGUGCCUACGGAUGUAACCAAAGCCUUAAUGUUCAUUGUUGUUAGUCUCUGUCUCACUGACAACAUCUUAUCUUGAUUCAUGUAAUAACUAGCAAUAUAUCUGACCUAAGAUGUCUCACUGCUUUAGAGUUGAGACUGUUCUGUGACCAUUGUUUUACAUUACAACAUGCAGUGAAGCCUUGUUCCCUCAAAGCCCGCGGGACUAUUUGAAGUAUGGAUUCAUCAGCAGUUGACGUAGCGGAGUGCUGUCACUUGGUCUGCAGAACCAUGACUUGCUUCCUCUUGUAUGAACACAGGACAAUUUUAAAGGACAUGAUAAUGUACAAAAUGUCUGUCAAACUCAUUGUAGCAGUAUCUUGACAUGUAACCACAGUUCUGUUGGGGGACAGAAGUAUGCAAAGUUUUCAGCCCCUGAUUACCAAAAGAAUGUCAAACAGUGUGCUGAUGGUCGCUAUCUGGAUAGUUCGUCUUUUGUCACAUGAUAAGCAACAGUAAGAAUGGAGGGUCUCGCUGAAUAUGGCCUAUUGAUCAAUAUGAUUAUUAUAAUUGGAUGUCGAGAGAACAAGGUUUUCUGUACCACUAACAUGACCCCAGAGAUGGAUUGUCCUGUCAGAUGGUCACCCAUGAUGGGGCUGUCUUCAGGAGUAAAUCCUUCCUAUACCAACUGCAGGCCACUUUAAAACAUAAAGACAAGUUUUAGCAUUUUAUCUUUUUGAGCAUCUACUUUUUAUUGUCAUCUUUGUUGCUUUCAUUAGCUAUACAAGAUCUGAAAGAUAGUAGGGGUAUUGUUUAUAUAAUUCUUGUUAAUCUACAAAGUAUCUGUGAUAAAUUUGAAUGAACACCCUGUGUGGCUGAAAGAGGUAUUAGUCCAUUGCUUACUUCAACCCAAAUCUAGUGAUGCUGCCAUUUAUCUGCUAUGUUGUAUGCUAGUUCAGCCAUUCAGGGAUGUGGAACGGAGAAUCAAAGCACUUUGCUGUAUCUUCAGUUUCCGUUUUUGUCAUUAAAUAUUUAUUAUCUA